AUGGCAGAGCCCGACAAAGACUCCGCCGAAGCGGUCCUUCCUGGCAACGAGGAAGUCGAAAAGGAUGAUGCCGUCGACGAAGAAGAGGAAGGAAGGGACGACAUUUUUCAUAGCCUAAUCCAAUCCAAUUAUGAAAAUAAUUUGCGACGCGGCCCCGGAAUCCUGAGGACCGAAUGGAACGAACAACUGAUGGGACCGCGCCCGGAAGUCUUGUCUCAGGCGCUGCUCCCAAAGACGAACAAUGGCAAUUCCCUCCCAAAAAGUUUCGUCACCGGAACAAAAAAGAGAACCAACGACCAGAAGAAAGCAGAGAGAGCAGCCAAGAAAGCCAAGCUGAGAGAAAUGGCUAAGAGAAGGCAGGAAGCCGACAACUCCUCCUCCCCGGAAUCCGACGAAGAGAUGCCGACACCUGGCAAGGGUGCCACAGGAGCAGAGGACGACGGAGGACUGCCUACAGACAACGAUGACGACGUCGUGAAAAAGAAGGCAACAGGGGCAGACAACACCGCCGGAAAGAAACCAACGAACAACACACAGGCGAAAUCGGCUACCAACCCAAAGGCUACCAACCCAAAGACUACCAACCCAAAGACUCCCAAGCCAAAGAAGGGCGGCAAAAUCAAGAUUUUCCCGACAAUGUUCCAACCCGCUGACGACAACCCUGAUUGGCACUACCCAGACGAUGACGAUCAAGAACGGUUGGGAGAUAAAUUGAUCAGCGCGCUGGACCUCGCAGUAGACAUAUUCAAUAAUGACAAGGAGGAUGUCGUCUUCAAGAACACGGAGAAGAUCGCAAUUCUCACGACACUCUUCCAGACACCAAAUGUCACCCAGAGGGGAGGCGACUUAUCAUCCUACCCGGCAUGCAGGAAAAUGCGCAAAAGAGAAGAGAGGGAGCCAACUUUCGUUGAAGCAACUACAGCACUACUCCUCUACCAACUCAAGCCACCAACGGGCAUGGGCGAUUGCGACGAAUGGAUCGAGAUGUUGAGACACAUACAGGUCUCCGACACUUCGGAAGACUGUGAAGAACUGGACGACCUUCUUGAAGCCUGCCAUCGCACACGAGGCGGAGAUGCGGCUGUGCUCGCACAACUACCCAAGCGCGCCAAGGCCAACGUAGUUAUCCUUGACGACACCCCACAACCGGACACACCAGUGAACGACGACCAACAAGAGUUUUUCAACUUCGCCAAGAAGAUCGACAUUACCACCACAAUGGAAAAUCGCGCCCGCAUGAACUACCUAAUUCAAGAAUUGAACACCCGCAAAUGGCAUGAUCUGGCGACAUACGCCGCAAAGAUUAUCAACCAAGGCAUCUCGGAGGACGACAGGAAGACGAUUCGCACGAAGGUCAUCUCAGAUCUCAACGCCAAAUUGCGAGGCGAACCGGGCACAUUGUUGCCAAAGCAUUACACUAUUACAUGCACUAAGUGCGGAGAAAAGAGAACAUUUUAG